GGGGCGGGGCCCGGGGCGCUGUGCGCCGGAGCUUGUGGCGUCAAUGCGCCCGCGGUGUCCAUGGAGAGAGGUUGAGGUGGCCGAGCUCCGGCCCGAGGCACCCGGGCGCCGGGACGGCGAAGAUGUCGGCCUCGUUAGUCCGGGCCACUGUCCGGGCUGUGAGCAAGAGGAAGCUGCAGCCCACCCGAGCCGCCCUCACCCUGACACCUUCAGCAGUAAACAAGAUAAAACAGCUUCUUAAAGAUAAGCCUGAGCACGUAGGUGUGAAAGUUGGUGUCCGAACUAGGGGUUGUAAUGGCCUUUCUUACACUCUGGAAUAUACAAAGACAAAGGGAGAUUCUGAUGAAGAAGUUGUUCAAGAUGGAGUCAGAGUGUUCAUCGAAAAGAAAGCACAGCUGACACUUUUAGGAACAGAAAUGGACUAUGUUGAAGACAAAUUAUCCAGUGAGUUUAUGGUGCUAAGUGCAAAGAUGGAGAAUCCUGCCCAUCCCAAAGUUGAAGCCAAAGCAAAGGCUUUUAAGGUCAAGAAGGCAACGCUGAAAGGUGUCCACAGUCAUAAAAAGAAGAUUUGGCAUCAUGCAACUUCUGUGACCUAG